AAAAUGGCGGCCAAGUCAAAGAAGCGGCUGUCUAAAAUUGAUAAUAAAUUGUUAAAAUUAGAUAAAUUAGAAUUAAAAGAUCUGAUUUGCUCCAUUUGUCAAUCAAUAUUAGUAGAACCAGUGACAUUACCUUGUUUUCAUGAUUUUUGUCAUCGUUGUUUCAAUGGAAGUGUUGAAAAUAAUGCCUUGUGCUGUCCUCUCUGUCGAUUACGAAUUGGAUCCUGGCUCAGGACGGCCACAAAGCGAAAAACUUUAGUAAAUCUUGAGUUGUGGAGUUUCAUUCAAAAUAAAUUUCCUCAAGAAAUAGAUACUAAAUCAAGAGGCGAUGACAUCGUUCUUCCAGAAGAAAAACCUGUAACCAGGCUAAGUUUGCCUGGUGAAAUCAGAUUGGAAUAUGAAGAGGAAAUUCAGCGCCUUAAAGCAGAGAGAGAACGGCUUGAAGAAAAACACAUUGAGGAAACUGAGUUACUGAUUAAAAAAAUUCAACAAGAAGAAGAAGAAGCACAUAAGAAAUAUAUUGAAAAUCUAAAACAAGAUGAAGUUUUGGCCUUGAAAAUCCAGAAAGAGCACAUGGAUAACGCAGCUUCAUCUACAAAUGCACACACAAGGCAAAAUCAAAGAGAGGCAAUGAAAUUCAAACUGAAAACAGCAAAAAUUGAUGGCUACCUAUCUAAAAUGAAAACUACCAUCAUUAAAGAACCUGCAACAACAGCCAGUAGUUCAUGCAAUAAUUUAACACCAGCAACGACCAGUGAAAAAAAAGUAACAUCCAGGUCACCGGAAUUAAUUUCUUCUUAUGGUAAAUUAAUCAAAGAUUUCAUAGACAAGAAAGUGUGGAACAAAGAAAAUGGAGAGAAACAUAAGGAUAAAGUCAGUGAGAAAGCAUUAGGUGAUACAGUAAAACCAAAGUUUAAAAAUUCUUUGCUUGUAUCUUUACCUCUGCCUUGCACUGGAAUUCGUCAAAAGGUCAAUGCUUCUGAAAAUCACAGGAGUAAAGAGACUGGAAGUGUGGAUUCAAUGCAACAAGAAUUAUGUUAUUUCAAACCGAUUGAAGGAACUAAACCAACUAGUGGAAGAAAAGGAUUUCCACUGCGGAUACCGUGCCGACGAAUCGACAAAGAAAUCGCGCCAUUGAAGGAAAAUGCCCCUACUCGUGCACAAUACUUGGAAGGACUGUGCCGACUCCGAAACGUUUCACUAUCAAAAAAUUUACCAUCUGCUUUUGUUAUUACCCUAAACUUAUUAGCUGUAAAAAAGGGCAAUAUUGUGAAACGUGAAACUGCAAGACAAGAAACAACAACAAGAUUGAAAGAGAAGAGGACAACAUGCCGAAAUACAACUGAACCGGUACUAAGAAGAUAUCCUAGUCGUAAUAAAAAUAAUAUACAUAUUGACGGUAUUUCUAAAUUUAAUAACGAGACAAAUCUGCGACGAACUAGAUCAAUGGGAAGUAUAAAUGACGAAGAAACCGUGUCAACGCCCAAGAAAGCAAAAAUUAACCAGAGGAAGGUGUGCUCAGAACGAAAACCACAUUUGAGAAGUGAUUCGAAAAAGAUUAAUUGUAGUAACUUGUCCAGCACUUCUCCUUGUGACUCAAAGCCUAUCAAUAAUAAUAAAAUCAAUUUAGUUGUUAAAAAUUUGUCUAGUCCUCUACAAAACUGUGAUGUUAAGCAUAUUUUGCAAGAACAAUUGAGGAUCGAGGAAAUAAUUGAACAAGAGAAGAGUGAUUUUGAACUUGCCUGUAAGAUAGAAGCAGAAUGGAACGGAAGGAGACAGCCGCGGCGAGCUGCCAUCAAGCGACAAGUUUCGAUUAACUAUGCGCUGAGGCCAGCAAAAAAAUUAAAAGUGUAAAUAAACAUACAUUUCUUUAUGUGUAUAGAAAAUUUCAGUGUUCUGUUUAUCUUUUAUACUUUUGUAUGUAAUCAGCCCACCUCGUUAAUUUUAAGUAAAUUUACUCAGUUAUAACGAUUUUUUUAUAUGAACGUUGAAAUUAUAUAAUUUAAGAAUAAUAAACAUUUCGUAAAACGAACCUUCUCAAGCCAACCAACCGUGCACAGUAUACAGCUUGGAUCAGCCAUUCCCAGUGCAUAAAAACUAAAACCCUGUUAUCAAAAUAAUCAUCUAUAUUUUUAUAUUUGGGUAUUUACAAGUAGUAGUAAUGUAGCGACUUUGUGUACUACUUUGGUUAAUAAGAAUGUACUACUCGUCACUAUCUUAUUAACAUAGUGUAAAUGGCUGAAAGCUCACUCACAGCUUAACCUAGGCUUAGCCGAUUAUAUAUUUAGAUCCAUUUGAAUAUGAUAUAGAAAACAGCCGAAAUUCUUGAGUAUUAUCUAUAUAUUAUUAUUUCUAUUCUAUUAGGUCUAUUAUUUUUUAACUAGACACUAGUGGCAUCAUAAUGAUAAAUACAAAUGCAGUUCAUUUAUACGUAACUUUGACAUGCUUAUAUAGGUCAAAACUCAAAGAAUAUCACACAAGUGAACACUGAACAGUUAAAUUUAAAUUUAAACUUGUUAAUGAAAUGAUACCUUAUAAUGACAAAGAGGCGGGUAAAAGGAACCGUUUUAAAAAUCAAAAUUAUUUGUAGGGGUCGCUUCUGACAUGUUAUUACUGGUUUCAUUUUAAACACACUGUAAUCCUGUUAAAAAUCAGCAGAGGUCAGAUGUGCCAACUUUGUGACCGGGCGGUUUAGAGAUUAGUCUGCUUCUCCGCAUUAGAUUGUUGGUACAUGAAAAUUUAGCAGUACUAUAAGAAUGUUUAGUUUCGCAGAUGAACAUUGUUUCACUGUUUAUGCUGAGGUAGUAUAUUAGUACCGUUUAUAUUUUGGAAACCGUACCGUUCCAACCUACUUAUAAAAUAAAUUUAAAAAAACAUUACCAAUAUUUGUUACUUGCAAUUCUCAAUAUAUUUUUUCCUGUUAUAUCGAUACUUCAAAGAAUAAGUGGGGUUUAUUCCAAGGAUUAAUUCUCGUCAAAAACUGCGCUCACUUUGCUUGGAAUUAAAUAUUCCAGUUAUUGAAGGCUGAAUAAUUCGGAAUUUAUUGUUAAAGCUAGUGAUGGCUGAUACGAAGGAUUCAAAUUUGGUGUAUACUUUUGUUAAUUUCAAAGUACACUUACUUGAUUUCAAUAAAUGUGUGUACACGAUAUACAAGUAAAAAAAUUAAAUUUGUAAUUGUGACUGAAAUUUUGUUGUUAGGAUGUUAUUCUUUUUCUUAGAGACCUCAUUAAAAAGGGAAUUCAUAACUUUGUGUAUUACAUUUAAGUACCUAUGUGUAUGUGCUCACCUAAAGGACAUGCAACGAUUUGUAAAUUUUUUAGAACAAAAAUUUUAAGGUACUGGCCAACGAAAAAAAUCAUAUUACGCCUGAACUCUUCAAUCCCGCACAUUUUACAAACUUGUAUACAAUAAUAAUAAUAAAAUUAUAUUCUUUAAGUAAGCUAUAAUUUAUCUGUCUAAUAACUGAAUUGACCUAAUGAUUUUAUUAUCUGUUAUUACAUCUUAUGUGGGUAACAUAAUUAAAACGGUUCAUAGUGGUUCACGUAACAGG